GGGAAUUUUAGCGGGCUGAUUUUUGUUUACAUUUUGAGCAUUUUGAGUGAUGGAAGUGGAUGAUUUAGCUGGAAAAGAUAAUCUUUCGGGCUCUACAGCGAGUGGCAAGGCUGAGAAGAUCCACGAAAUCCGUAAGCGUCCACCCGGCAAGCCGUAUCAACGUAAAACUGACAUCUACGUGACGAAAAAGUCCAAUUUUACGGGAAAACUGCGUCAGUGCGAGAAACUCUUGCGACUGAAGCACACGGAGAUAUAUCUACAUAGCAUUGGCAACGCCAUUCCCCGUGCUAUCUCGCUAGCACUGCAGAUUCAGGCAAACAAUCCAGAUUUGUACGGCGUUGAAGCAAAUACAGGAACUGUGGAUCUCGUGGAUGAUCUGCAUCCACUCACCGAAGAUGCUGAUUUCGAUGUGAACCAACGCAGGAAUUCGUCUAUCCACAUUCGUGUGUACCGCAAGGCAGAAGUGUCGGAAUUGGUGUCUGCCCUGAAAUCUGUGAUCAAGGGAAGGGUAUCGUUCUAAGUCUUCCCAGAGAGAUGUUUAAGCUGUCGGAAUUAGUCAAGUGGCUGGGACUGACAGAAUUUGAGAUAUUCACAAACCUUGUAGCAGUCCUUGUCUUCACAAUCCUCCUCUCACUUCGGGUUUCCAGCUAUUUCAGUGCUGAAUAUCUCGAUUGGUUUAUCAUCUUCUCGCCACUGUUCUGCGGAGAUGCCUGCAAUGCCUACUUCUGCCUGAUUGUCUGCAUUCGGAUGUACCUCAACAACGAUCAGAUCAAGCGUCGGGCAUUCCACAGACUUCUCUGGAGCGCCAAUUACAUCGUCCUCACGGCUGUCUUCAAAUAUCUCCUCUGUCUCAAAAUUUCCGGACAAAUCGGCCUGGAAUUCAGUGAAGUCUUCUCUCCCAUCUUCAUUCUCCUCCAGCUGAUUGCCGUGCGAGCGUGCCAACUUCCCAAUUCGAGCUAAACACAAAAUAGAAAAACUACCCUGCAAAUCCGUCUUGAGAAAAUGUUCUGUAUUUCAGUUAUCGCAAAAAUUUGUAACAAGAAUCGAAGGUUUUCUCAAAUAAAAAAUAGAAGAAAUAGGAAGAAUUCA